GACAAUCUCUUCAGAAUUAGAUCUAUCCACAGCACGCAACGACAGAAGGGAAAACCCAAAACUAAGAGCCCCUUCUUCUUCUUCUCUCUCUCCUCUUCUCUCUUCUGCUGCUGCUUCAUGCAAUUGAACUCAGUCCAAUUACUCACCAAUUAAUGCCCCAAAUUCAAGACCCUAAUCUCCAUCGCAUUGGCAACUGCAAAAUCCUAACUCCACCAAUCAUCAGCAGCAAUGGAGCAGCUGAAGACCAUAGGGCGAGAGCUUGCGAUGGGUUCUCAAGGCGGCUUCGGCCAAUCCAAGGAGUUCCUGGACCUCGUCAAGUCCAUCGGCGAAGCUCGAUCCAAGGCCGAAGAAGAGCGCAUCGUCCUCCUCGAGAUCGAAACCCUAAAACGACGUCUCUCCGAGCCUGAAAUCCCCAAGCGCAAGAUGAAGGAGUACAUCAUCCGCCUCGUCUACGUCGAAAUGCUCGGCCACGAUGGCUCCUUCGCCUACAUCCACGCCGUCAAGAUGACCCACGACGACAAUCUCUUGCUUAAACGCACCGGUUACCUCGCCGUUUCGCUCUUCCUCAGCGACGAUCACGAUUUGAUCAUCUUGAUCGUAAACACCAUCCAGAAGGAUCUCAAGUCUGACAAUUACCUUGUCGUUUGUGCCGCCCUCAAUGCCGUAUGCAAGCUCAUCAACGACGAGACUGUGCCUGCCGUUUUGCCCCAGGUCGUGGACCUCCUCGCCCAUCCCAAGGAGGCUGUCAGGAAGAAGGCCAUCAUGGCGCUUCACCGCUUUUAUCAGAAAUCACCAUCUUCUGUUUCGCAUCUGGUCUCCAAUUUCAGGAAGCGCCUUUGUGAUAACGAUCCGGGAGUCAUGGGUGCCACGCUCUGCCCGUUGUUUGACCUCAUUACAAUUGAUGUGAAUUCUUAUAAGGAUCUGGUGGUCAGCUUUGUCAGCAUUCUCAAACAGGUCGCCGAGCGCAGGUUGCCCAAGACCUACGAUUACCAUCAGUUGCCGGCGCCCUUUAUUCAGAUUAGAUUGUUGAAGAUCUUGGCAUUGUUGGGGAGUGGUGAUAAGCAAUCGAGUGAGAAGAUGUAUAUGGUAGUCGGCGAUAUUUUUAGGAAGUGCGAUUCUACCAGUAAUAUAGGAAAUGCUGUCCUUUAUGAGUGUAUUUGUUGCGUUUCUGCCAUAUAUCCAAAUCCUAAGUUGUUAGAGCAGGCUGCUCAAGUCAUCUCAAGAUUUUUGAAGAGUGACAGUCAUAAUUUGAAAUAUAUGGGCAUCGAUGCCCUUGGUCGACUGAUAAAGAUUAGUCCAGAGAUAGCAGAGCAACACCAACUAGCCGUCAUUGAUUGCUUAGAGGACCCAGAUGAUACUCUGAAGCGAAAAACAUUUGAACUAUUGUACAAGAUGACCAAGUCCUCCAAUGUGGAAGUGAUUGUGGAUCGUAUGAUUGAUUACAUGAUUAGCAUUAAUGAUAACCAUUACAAAACAUAUAUAGCUUCUAGAUGUGUGGAGCUUUUGGAGCAAUUUGCACCAAGUAAUCAAUGGUUUAUCCAGACCAUGAAUAAAGUGUUUGAACAUGCGGGAGAUUUGGUAAAUGUCAAGGUGGCACAUAACUUGAUGAAGUUGAUUGCUGAGGGAUUUGGAGAGGAUGAUGAUUCUGCAGAUAGUCAGUUGAGAUCAUCUGCGGUGGAGUCAUAUUUGCGUAUAAUUGGUGAGCCAAAGCUUCCAUCUGUAUUUCUUCAGGUCAUUUGUUGGGUUUUGGGGGAAUAUGGAACUGCUGAUGGAAAAUAUUCUGCUUCCUAUAUCACUGGGAAGUUAUGUGGUGUGGCAGAGGCGUAUUCAAAUGAUGAAUCCGUCAAG